UACAGGUUAGAGAGGAGAUAGCACUUUAUAUCACAGGGAAUGUAUUGUGGGCAGUGUAUCAGUUUAUAGUGUUUAUUGUACUGCUAAGUGUACUACGGGCUAGGAUGGUAAAUACCUACCAUAGAAUAUUCAGAGAAGCUGACGUCCAAUGGAAAUUCUUCAGAGCUUGUAUUUGGUGGAAAUAUCUGGACAAUAACUCUAUUCUUCCUCCGCCAUUUACAAUCAUAUUUCUGAUGCACGCAGGAUCAAGAAAACUACAUAGUUUAUAUCAACAUCAGGGAGAACCCCGGUCUGUUCAUGAGGAAGAUCUAUCAGCCUGCAAGCGGGAGUUUAUUAAGAAGUACAAAAGAUUAAUCCUAACAUUAAUCCAAACCUCGAAUUCAUCAUGGGGGUUCGAGAAGCGGAGCCGACUGGUCUUAAGUAAUAUGCUGGAUGCAAGUGCUGAUUAAAGGUUCGAAAGCGGGGAUUUACUACAUCAUGAUAUCGGCAUGAUCUGACUUUGCAUUCAAGUGCGGAUUAAACUGUUAUGGCUUUAAACCAGAAAGCUGCGACUUACGGUCACAAUUUAAGGGUUACCCACAAAGGCUGACUCUGUAAAAAACUAUCUUUAAAAUGACGGUUUCAAGGUCAAAUUAUGUCUUUGCCUUAAAUAUAGUCUUUUAUUAGCAAUUAUUAUAUGAUUUAUCAAAGAUAAAAAAAAUGUACAGUUGCGGGGAAUCAGGAUUAUAAGGAACCGGACUGAAUAAAUUUCAUGUAGUUGUCUCGUAAGUCUCAUUCUUUGUGGGUAACCCUGCAUCAAACAUUUUUCACUCUUCUCUUUUAUACUAAAAAUAUUAAGAGGUUUGUAUCACACACUAAGAAAUGUCAAAUUUUCAUUCAAACAAAAUUUCUUUGAGCAUUGGAGCCAAAUUCAAAUGAAUAGCUAGCUGAGCUCGAUUCUUCGAAUGUUGAUAAAUAAUUUGACCAAAGAUGAUACUUACUUGAAUUUGGCUCAGUUUCUGAUACUUUUUUUUGGCAAUUUGACAUUUGUAUAAGUGCAUAUCAGAUAUGAUCUCUAGAAAAAAACUUAUCUCUCCAAUACCAAAUUUCAUUUGCGUUAAAGAAGCCAUUUAUAGAAAGUGUCGGGAACUUAUUGCAAAGUAACCCUUUAAAUCUUUGUUUCGCAAUGUAAUAUUCAUUAUCUUAGUAACUUUGAAGACCGGUGAAAAAAUAACAUUUGUAAUUUUUGUGAUGUAAAUAUAAUGUACUGCAGUAUANAUAUAUAGUGUACUGUAGUAUAUAUAGUGUACUGCAGUAUAUAUAAUGUACUGCAGAAUAUAUAAUGUACUGCACCCAUUUCCAAUGUUGCAACUUUUAGCAAUACCUUAAUUAUAUGAAAAAUUAAAAUCAAAAUAUUUUUCAUUAAAUUUAUUCCACAAAACAAAUUAUAG